GCCUCCUGGGACUCAGUUUCCCCAUCCCCACGUUCCCUAAGCCCCCUUCCUCGCCACACGCCCCAGUAGGCCAGGGUGGUGGGUGGAGCUGCUAUCGCCCCAGACUAUUUGCUCUCCCUCCUCACGGGCUGCCAGCCCAGCCCAGGACCUUGGAUAAAAGGCCAGGGCACCCGUAUCCUGCUUCCUCCUCUCCGGCCUGGAUCAUGCUCCGGCUCCUCCCUGCUCUGGUGCUCCUCGGAGCGCUGGCCACCUCAGCAGGGACCUCCAAGACGUGUCCAUCCUGCUCUCUUCUGGGAAAAUGUAGAGAGAUCCCUUGUCCUUCCACCCAGGACUCCUGCCUGUUCAGCCAGAUGCAGCUGGAAAAUGGGCUUCUCAUCAAGAACGGGUCAUGCGUGGCCCCUGAGAAAUGCCGAGAAAGCGUCUACACCCUGACCUACGCCCCCCACUUCAGUGUCUGGGUCAGCACGAGCUGUUGUGACAACAACUGCAGCCAGGUUGUGACACAGCCAGAGCAAAAGCCCGAAGCCCAGCCCAACGGGGUGAAGUGUCACUACUGCUCGGAGAAGGAGCUGGCCCUGUGCGACUCCCUCUUGGUCAUGAACUGCACCGGGUACCAGAACGUCUGUGUCACCCUCGAAGGGACAUGGGACGGAGCAGGUCCACAAACCCUGAAGGGCUGCGCCACCCCAGAGGUGUGCGACCUGCAAGUGAACACCACCCUGGGCCCGGAAGCCUUUGGAUUUCAUCUCACAAGCCCACCUGAAUGCUACUCCGAGGCUGCUCCCACCUCGCCAGUUCCCCAGGCAACCCUGACCCAGGCCAAGGCUAAGGUCACCACCUGCUUCACCUGCUCCAACAGCUCCCACUGUGAGCCUUUCUCCUGCCCGGCAGAUAAGAACUACUGCCUUCAGACGGAGGGCUUCCUGGCCCUAGCAGAAGGCAACCCCGUGGCCUGGAGAAACGGCUCCUGCGUGGCCCCCAAGGACUGCAAGCCCGACAGCCUCAUCUCCUCCCUGACCUACAGCAACAGCUUUGGCUUCUGGAUCAACACCACCUGUUGCCAAGGCAACUGCCAGAAGCCCACUCUUCUCACUCUGCCGGUUUCCCGCACCCUCAGCAAGUUCCUGUGUCCUACGUGCGCUGACAGCCACCUGGGGCUCUGCAAUUCCUCCUUCUACAUGCAGUGUCCCUGCGGGGAGACCGAGUGUGUCCAGCUGGACGUGGCGUCUGAAGAAGUCUCCGCAGGCGGGAGCACAAUAGUGCGUGGCUGCGGAUCCCAAGACCUGUGCAGCACCUCAACCAGGAGAGAGGGGCUCUGGGCUCUCUUCGACCACCAGCUGACCGGCCAGUUCAAGUGCAACUCCAGCCUGCGCGCCGUCAUCGACUCGGGAGCGGCACCUGGCCUCCGCCUUGCCCUGCCCGUGCUGGUGGCCGCGCUGAUCACCGUGGCACUCUCCUGAGGCCCCACUCGUCGCCCGGGAGCUCCCCCGACCCCUGGUUUGGCUCACGGCUAGAUGGCCCCCUGGCUCUCCUCUGCUAGGACAUUUCCAGGGGCCUGGAAGGUUCUGGUGAGAGAGUCAAGAAGGGUGAGCCUUCGCCCUCAGACCAGGGCUUCCCCACGGGGGGACCCGGUCCUCACACCGUGGUCCCCAAGGCUAGUCCUGCUCCUUAACAUUUAGAACUUCCCCGAGGCCGCACCUCACUCAGACUAGGCUGUUUUUCCUCCCCAGACUAGAGACGCCUCCAUAAUUACAUGUUCUCCUCCACAUCCGGAGCCUCCAAACCUAGGCCUCCGUCCCUCAAGCAGGACAUCCCAACGCCAGGCUACGGCCACACACCAGGGCUGUGUCUUUUCUCCCCGGGAAACAACUCCGCCUCCUUCUGUCUCCCUCUUCAGGGUCUAGCAAAGUCCUGGGCAGCCAAGGUGGGGCUUGAGGACCAAAUUCGCCGCCUCCCCAGGCAUCUCAGCCAUCCCUUCCACCCCCACCACCGGCCGCCUUCUGUCUGGGCUCAGUGUCACUGUUCCCACAGGGUUUGAAUGAAUCACAUCGUACAAGCUGAGCGGUUGGGGUUUCUUUUCUUGGUGGUCGCAGCCUCAAACAGGGCCCUGAGGUGGUCUGCCCUCUCCUCUGGGGACCCGAGGGGACCUGCAGGUGACCAUGUCUGCAAGCCAGGGUGGGCACGAGAGCCAAGGCUCAGUCUGGCGUGAGCAUCACCUCAGAGCCCGCGUGGGACCCGGAGGAUUGAGCAGAGAGGUGAAAGCGGGGCACUCACAGGAGGGAGACGGCCGGGAAGCACUCAGCGGCGAGCAGUGGACAGUCCAGCCGAGGGGACUGAAGCAAUUCACUGAGCACGCAUCUGACAAACAUCUAUGGAUCCCGUUAAUCAAUUGAGCACAGUUCUAGACACUGGAGGGUACAUAGUAAAAAAUUCCUCUGCUCUCAGGAAGUUGUGUUCCGGUGGGGGAGAGAGAUAAUAAACAUCACGUAUACUAGACGGUGGUAAGUGCUGUGGAAAAACCAGCGUGGGGGCCCCUGGCUGGUGUAGCUCAGUGGAGUGAGCGCAAGCUUGGGAACCAAAGCAUCGUAGGUUUGAUUCCCAGUCAGGGCACAUGCCUGGGUUGCAGGCUAUAUCCCCAGUAGGGGGCGUGCUAGAGGCAACCACACACUGAUGUUUCACUCCCUCUCUCCCUC